AAAAUAAAAAUAUAAAUUUAAACUUUUGUUAAAGUUUUCAUUUUCGUGCGUCGAUCUGAAGAACAAACAAAAUGCAGAAAGCAGCUGAACGAGUAGAGGCCAUGUUCCAAAAGGCAGAUUCUGACGUUAACAGCCUGUCACAAAGGCUGAAGUUUGAAUUUGAGAAUAAUGAAGAUUUGCAACAGACGAAUCCUGCAGAAUUACUCAGUAAGAUAAGUGAUGUGAAAAAAGAGUACUCAUCUUUGGUACAGCAGGUUGAAGCUAUACAAGAGUCUCAAAAGGAAGCACUGGGAGAGUUCAGAGGUCAUUUGAACGAUGUGUGUCAACUUUUACUAACAUUACAGACUGGCACAGGAAUGAUGCCGACAGAAAAACCAGAAGAGCUUACUAAACUAGAGGAGUUUUUAGGGAGUGAGUUACCAUGGGGACAGGAUGUAUCCAUGGCAACAACUGAAAGUGGAGAUGUGUCAGGCAUGACAGUAACAUCAGCAGACAGUCAAGAAUCACCUGAGAAAAGUGAACCAGAUUCUGAAUGUCAAGCUAGUACCCCGGAAAUAUCACCGUCACAAUUAAGGAGCACAACUAAUGACUUUGUAGAGGUGACACAGCAAGAAUUUGAGUCUGUUUCCUCAUUGAUCAGGGGGCGUGUCAAACUUACAGAAGUUAACAGUACAUACUCUACUCUAUGGAAAUUCUUUAAAAGCAAUAAAGACUGCACAAAGCUUGCUCCAGAUGAAUUACAUAAAAUGGGUCUAAAAGUUUCAGGGGUAACAGGACAGGCUAAAUUAAAGGUAUUGAGAGCCCUAAAGCUGAUCAAACUGUCAACAAAAGGAGAAGUGCUGCCAGCAGACAAGUGAUAUUUCAAAAACUUGUAUGCGUAGUGAAAAAAAACUGUAACAGGAGCAGCAUACAUAGUGCAUGAAAUACAGUGCUAAAUAUGUGUUCAUUUUCAUCUAUAUAACAACAAAAAAGCUGUAUGAUGUAUUCAGAAAUGGAACAGGAAUUUCUGCCUAGGUCAGAUGUUUCUUUAGCUGUGAUUCUGUGAAUUGAGCAAAAGAAUGGUAUCUACCUCAAUUGGGAUAUAAUUCAUGUAAAGUGAUCACUAUAAUUGUAAAGGUAUCACAAGACUUUAUCCAUGGAUAUACCAAAUCUUUUUCACUUUAAGUUUGCUUUAGGUUUAAAGACCUAUUAAAUUGGAAGCAAAAUUUUAUAUUUGAGCCGCGCCAUGACAAAACCAACAUAGUGUGUAUGUGACCAGCAUGGAUCCAGACCAGCCUGCACAGUCUGAUCAGGAUCCAUGCUGUUCGCUGUCAGUAUCUCUACUUGUAAUAGGGUUUGUAAGCGAAAAGCAUGGAUCCUGAUCAAACUGAUCUGGAUCCAUGCUGGUCGCAAACAGUGUGUGUUAGUUUUGUCGUGGCGCGGCUCAUUUUUGGACUUAUCAACUUUAACAAGAUCUUCAAGUGGUUUAUGUAGGUCUACUCUUGUGACUGGAUUAUUGUCUUCUAAAUUUUAUAAAAUAUUUUUCACUAAAUUGUCUUCAUACUUAAGGGUAUUCUGUGACAAAGUUAAGGUUACUGAAUUCAUUCACAUGCCCUACGGCAUGAUGGUACUUUACAUUUUGUCUUAAAAUGGAUUAUUGAGAUGUAUGUUUAUUUCACCAAAUGAGCUGCGUCAUGACAAAACCAACAUAGUGCGUUUGCGACCAGCAUGGAUCCAGACCAGCCUGCGCAUCCGCACAGUCUGAUCAGGAUCCAUACUGUUCUCUAUCAGUCUACUUGCUAUAGGGUUUGUAAGCGAACAGUAUGGAUCCUGAUCAGACUGCGCGGAUGCGCAGGCUGGUCUGGAUCCAUGCUUGUUGCAAAUGCACUAUGUUUGUUUUGUUGUGACGUGGCCCAAAUGUCUAUGUAAACUUGUUAGGACAAACUUUACAUAUACAUGUAUACAUAUGUAUGUUAAAGUUAUUGUAAACAAUAAGUUUUAUGUACUUCCUGUUACUUAAGUCGGACAGAGUUGAAUCUGUACGAUGUCAUUGCCAAGAGAAAGUUUUAAUUUGCAUAUACAUUAUAUAGAGAUUGUGAAAUGUGUUAUGUACUAUGUAUGUUAUAGUGCUUUGUUGUACUUGGAUAUAAUUUGUUAAUGUAUCUGGUUUAGAUAUAGUAUUGACAGUUUUCUUCUUGAUAUUGUUUUCUUCAUGUGGAGUUACCACACAAGAGUAAUAUUUGAUGGUUCUAUGUAGUUGUCUGUUAGUGUUGUGAAUAAUAAAUAGAGAGAGUACAUAAUCUUCUUCUAUAAAUUGUCAUAUGACUUAUACAAAUAUACUUUACAUUUCACUUUUAAGGCAGUAUACUACCAUAUUUCUUUCAUCAAGCAUUUUGGAAGAAUUUUCAAAGAAUGAUUUUUGACAGCAUAUAUAAAGCUUUAGUCACUUUAAUGUAAUUAAAAAAAAUCUGCUAGUAAGUAAAAAAGAUAUUGUAAUUUAUCCCCCCUGGAUUGAUAGAUCAGCCAUAUUGUUAAUGGAUUUUGUUAAUAUUCUUCAACACAACUUAUUUCUGGACAAAAAGCUUUAUUUUCAAUCGUGAAACCUUUGACAUUUUUGUUCUUAAUGACCUUGACUGGCAAGGUUAAAUAUUCAAAUUUUAGAAAUUGAAUAAGAUAUCAUUCUUUCAUCCUUUUUUUUUCU